UGAACGGCCCGUAACCUCUGUGUGGCUUAGAGCCGGAUGCAACGUCGUCCUUCUCUCCGGGUCCUGUCUUGGGUCCUUUCUCGUGCUCUACCGCGACUCCGUCUCGGGCCGCGCGUGUCUGGCCGCUAGGCCGGCAGCAAGGACUGGUCGGGUGCCCAGAAAGAAAGCACGUGCUCCAGCAGUUGUCGCGCCGCGUGUUUGCCCGUCAGCCCCGUGCCCAGCCCCGAGAGAGGCCCCAGGGCUCUGGGGGCGUUCGGGGCCCGGAGUCCCCUCGACGCGAGCCAACGGGAGGCCGUCAAACGACCCUGGGCCUUCUGUGGCAGGCCAGCCUGGCGCUGGCUGGCGUGGCUCUUGGCAGUCGUCACCUGUGGAUAGCGCGUCUUCCCCGCCGCGCCCUCGGGGCGAGGAGACUCGGCAGCAUGUCACCCGCGCUCCAAGACCUGUCGCAACCCUGCAGGUCUGAAGAAAACCCUGUGGAAGGAGAUUGAUGCCAUUCUGCAGAAGAGGAUUAUGGUGCUGGAUGGAGGCAUGGGGACCAUGAUCCAGCGGCACAAGCUAAAUGAAGAAGACUUCCGAGGUCAAGAAUUUCAAGAUCAUGCCAGGCCGCUGAAAGGCAACAAUGACAUUUUAAGUAUAACUCAGCCCGAUGUCAUUUACCAAAUCCAUAAGGAAUACUUGCUGGCUGGCGCAGAUAUUAUUGAAACAAAUACUUUUAGCAGCACUAGUAUUGCCCAAGCUGACUAUGGCCUUGAACACUUGGCCUACCGGAUGAACAAGUGCUCUGCAGAAGUGGCCAGAAAAGCUGCUGAGGAGAUAACUCUCCAGACGGGAAUUAAGAGGUUUGUGGCAGGGGCUCUGGGUCCGACUAAUAAGACACUCUCCGUAUCUCCGUCUGUGGAAAGACCGGAUUAUAGGAACAUCACAUUUGAUGAGCUUGUUGGAGCAUACCAAGAGCAGGCCAGAGGACUUCUGGAUGGCGGGGUUGAUAUCUUACUCAUUGAAACUAUUUUUGAUACUGCCAAUGCCAAGGCAGCCUUGUUUGCACUCCAAAAACUUUUUGAGGAGACAUAUGCUCCCCGGCCUAUCUUUAUUUCAGGGACGAUUGUUGAUAAAAGUGGCCGGACUCUUUCUGGACAGACAGGAGAGGCAUUUGUCAUCAGUGUGUCUCAUGCAGACCCGCUCUGCAUUGGAUUAAAUUGUGCUUUGGGUGCAGCUGAAAUGAGACCUUUUAUUGAAAUAAUUGGAAAAUGUACAACAGCCUACGUCCUGUGUUACCCCAAUGCAGGUCUUCCCAACACCUUUGGUGACUAUGAUGAGACACCCUCUAUGAUGGCCAAUCACCUAAAGGAUUUUGCUAUGGAUGGCUUGGUCAAUAUAGUUGGAGGAUGCUGUGGUUCAACACCAGAUCAUAUCAGGGAAAUUGCUGAAGCUGUGAAAAAUUGCAAGCCUAGAGUUCCACCUGACACUGUUUUUGAAGGACAUAUGUUACUAUCUGGUCUAGAGCCCUUCAGGAUUGGACAGUACACCAACUUUGUUAACAUCGGAGAGCGCUGUAAUGUUGCAGGAUCAAGGAAGUUUGCUAAACUCAUCAUGGCAGGAAACUAUGAAGAAGCCUUGUGUGUUGCCAAAGUGCAGGUAGAAAUGGGAGCCCAGGUGCUGGAUAUCAACAUGGAUGAUGGCAUGCUAGAUGGUCCAAGUGCAAUGACCCGAUUUUGCAACUUAAUUGCUUCCGAGCCAGACAUUGCAAAGGUACCCUUGUGCAUCGACUCUUCCAAUUUUGCUGUGAUUGAAGCUGGGUUAAAGUGCUGCCAAGGGAAGUGCAUUGUCAACAGUAUUAGUCUGAAGGAAGGAGAGGAGGACUUCCUGGAAAAGGCCAGGAAGAUUAAAAAGUUUGGAGCUGCUGUAGUGGUCAUGGCUUUUGAUGAAGAAGGACAGGCAACAGAAACAGACACCAAAAUCAGAAUAUGCACCCGGGCCUAUCAUCUGCUUGUGAAAAAACUGGGCUUUAAUCCGAAUGACAUCAUUUUUGACCCAAAUAUCCUAACCAUUGGUACUGGGAUGGAAGAACACAACUUGUAUGCCAUUAAUUUUAUCCAGGCAACAAAAGUCAUUAAAGAAACAUUACCUGGAGCCAGAAUAAGUGGAGGUCUUUCCAAUUUGUCUUUCUCCUUCCGAGGAAUGGAUGCCAUUCGAGAAGCAAUGCAUGGGGUUUUCCUUUACCAUGCAAUCAAGUGUGGCAUGGACAUGGGGAUAGUGAAUGCUGGAAACCUCCCUGUGUAUGAUGAUAUCCAUAAGGAACUUCUGCAGCUCUGUGAAGAUCUCAUCUGGAAUAAAGACCCUGAGGCCACUGAGAAGCUCUUACGAUAUGCCCAGACUCACAGCCAAGGAGGGAAGAAGGUCAUUCAGACUGAUGAGUGGAGAAAUGGCCCUGUCGAAGAACGCCUUGAGUAUGCCCUUGUGAAGGGCAUUGAAAAACAUAUUAUUGAGGAUACUGAGGAAGCAAGGUUAAACCAAGAAAAAUAUCCCCGACCUCUCAAUAUAAUUGAAGGACCCUUGAUGAAUGGAAUGAAAAUUGUUGGUGAUCUUUUUGGAGCUGGAAAAAUGUUUCUACCUCAGGUUAUAAAGUCAGCCCGGGUUAUGAAGAAGGCUGUUGGCCACCUUAUCCCUUUUAUGGAAAAAGAAAGAGAAGAAACCAGAGUGCUCAGCAGCACAGUAGAAGAAGAGGACCCUUAUCAGGGCACCAUCGUGCUGGCCACUGUUAAAGGCGACGUGCACGACAUCGGCAAGAACAUAGUUGGAGUGGUCCUUGGCUGCAAUAAUUUCCGAGUUAUUGAUUUAGGAGUCAUGACUCCAUGUGAUAAGAUACUGAAAGCUGCUCUUGACCACAAAGCAGAUAUAAUUGGCCUUUCAGGACUUAUCACUCCUUCCCUGGAUGAAAUGAUUUUUGUCGCCAAGGAAAUGGAGAGAUUAGCUAUAAAGAUUCCAUUGUUGAUUGGAGGAGCAACCACUUCAAGAACCCACACAGCAGUUAAAAUAGCUCCAAGAUACAGUGCGCCUGUAAUCCAUGUGCUGGACGCGUCCAAGAGUGUGGUGGUGUGUUCUCAACUGUUAGAUGAAAAUCUAAAGGAUGAAUACUUUGAGGAAAUCAUGGAAGAAUAUGAAGAUAUUAGACAGGACCAUUAUGAGUCUCUCAAGGACAGGAGAUACUUACCCUUAAGUCAAGCCAGAAAAAGUGGUUUCCGAAUGGAUUGGCUGUCUGAACCUCACCCAGUGAAGCCCACAUUUAUUGGGACCCGGGUCUUUGAAGACUAUGACCUGCAGAAACUGGUGGACUACAUUGAUUGGAAGCCUUUCUUUGAUGUCUGGCAGCUCCGGGGCAAGUACCCGAAUCGAGGGUUUCCCAAGAUAUUCAACGACAAAACAGUAGGUGAAGAGGCCAAAAAGGUCUACGAUGAUGCCCGAAAUAUGCUGAACACGUUGAUUAGUCAAAGGAAACUCCAAGCCAGGGGAGUGGUUGGGUUCUGGCCAGCACAGAGUGUCCAAGACGACAUCCACCUGUACGCAGAGGGUGCCGUGCCCCAGGCUGCAGAGCCCAUAGCCACCUUCUAUGGGUUAAGGCAACAGGCCGAGAAGGACCCUGCCAGCACAGAGCCGUACUACUGCCUCUCGGACUUCAUCGCUCCUCUGCAUUCUGGCAUCCGUGACUACCUGGGCCUGUUUGCCGUUGCCUGCUUUGGGGUGGAAGAGCUGAGCAAGGCCUAUGAGGAUGACAGUGACGACUACAGCAGCAUCAUGGUCAAAGCGCUGGGGGACCGGCUGGCAGAGGCAUUCGCAGAAGAGCUGCAUGAACAGGUGCGCCGAGAACUGUGGGCCUACUGUGGCAGCGAGCAGCUGGACGUCGCCGACCUGCGGAGGCUGCGGUAUCAGGGCAUCCGCCCAGCUCCCGGCUACCCCAGCCAGCCUGACCACACCGAGAAGCUCACCAUGUGGAGGCUCGCGGACAUCGAGCAGUCGACGGGCAUUAGGUUAACAGAGUCAUUAGCAAUGGCACCUGCUGCAGCGGUCUCAGGCCUCUACUUCUCCAGUUUGAAGUCCAAAUAUUUUGCUGUGGGGAAGAUAUCCAGGGAUCAGGUUGAGGAUUAUGCUUUGAGGAAGAACAUGUCUGUGGCCGAGAUUGAGAAAUGGCUUGGACCCAUUUUGGGAUAUGAUACAGACUAACUCUUUUCUUUUUCUUUUCUUUUCUUUCUUUUUUUUUUUUUUUUGGCCUUUUUUAUUCUUGAUGAUCCUCAAGGAAAUACAACCUAAAGUGCCUUAAAAAUCACAACAGAAAGCCUGUGCGCAUCUGGUUGACACUGCCUUGUAGAAGAAAAGCCUGAAACUCAGUUGAAUAGGGAAGUGUGAUCCUGUGGCAAGGUGAUAGUGUGAGAAAUGGGGCAUUUUAAUCCAAGCAGUUCCAACACUGGAUUCCGACGGGGAAGGAAGCGUAGCUCUGCCCUCUCUUUGGAAGACCUCGUUUUCUAAAGGCUGGAUUAAAUGGCUGCAGAACUCCCUUUGGCAAAAGCCAUGCCCUCGCCGCUUGCUUGUCAAACGCCCAAGCCGUUUGCCCCAGUGUGGUCAGCGGUCACGCCCUGGGCAUUUUCGUCCUCCCAUAACUUCACGUCAGUGCCCCUGAGGAAACAGUAAGGAGAUGGGGAAGAGAAAGCUACUGUGAAGGGUGGUUAAUGUCUUUUAAUUGUUUUCAGGAUUAAGCAGGAUCUCAGCUGGGCUCCGAUAUCCUGUGCAGAGUUGGCAGGUGGGCAGCAUAGUGUCACUCAUUUCUUACCAUCUUAUUCCCCUCCAAUUCUCGAUAUAUUCAAUAAUGAAGAAUGCUGCCACCACUCAAGCAACAAGCCUCAAACUCACCCAUGCCGUCUUUUUCUUGGAUGAUUGCAUUAUCUCAAAAAUGUGCAUGCAAUUACACACUCAGAUGGUGGUGUAUACACAAGAUGGUGGUGGAAAUAGUCAGGAGAAGGUCGCGUUGAGUCCUGAUUUGAGAUUUGAAGGAUGAAGACCAAGAAGCAAGGGAGGAACAAAUGAAGAACUCUCUUUGCUUAUGGAUAGGAAUAGUAAAGAUUACAAAGGUAUCAGAUCUCCCCAAAUGGAUCUAUGGAUUUAAUACCAUUUUCGGCGGAAAUUUCAACCGAGAUUUUAUUGAAUGAAACAAGCAGGUGUUUAAAUUUAUAUGGAAUAGCAAAGGACUUAAAAUUACCAAAUGCUUCUAAAUACACAAGAGGGGUUGGGGAGACACACCCUGUACGAUACAACUGUUCGCUUUUGGUUUUUUUGAGACGGAGCUUCGCUCUGGUCAUCCAGGCUGGAG